GCAAAUCCUGAUUCCUGUGUUGGAAAUUGUAAUUUUUGUUUAUCAGCUUUCUUUAGAAAUAGUAAAUCUAAAGUUUUUAUUACAAAAAGUUUUUGAAAGGUAAAUUGUGCCAUUAACAUGGACGAAGGAGACUUUGACCAACGUUUAAGGGAUCUGCAACGGGAAUAUUUAGAGUUCUUAGACGAUGAGGAAGAGCAAGGUGUUUACUCGGAAAGGGUGAAACAAAUGAUAAGUGAGAACAGUAAGCGUUUAGUCGUAAACAUAAAUGAUCUUCGCAGAAAAAGCCCGAACAGGGCUAAAAAUUUAUUAGAAAAUGCUUUUGAGGAGCAGAUCGCGUUUCAAAAAGCAUUGAAAGAAUAUGUAUCGUCUAUUGAUCCCACAUACGCCAAGGAGCAAGAGGAAUUUUUUGUAGCUUUUUCUGGCAGUUUUGGUUCAAAACAUGUCACGCCAAGAAGCUUGACCUCUAGGUACUUAGGUAACCUCAUAUGCGUAGAGGGAAUUGUUACGAGAGUAUCUCUUGUAAGACCUAAGGUUGUUAGAAGUGUUCACUACUGCCCAGCCACCAAGAAAGUCAUGGAGCGUAAAUACACUGACUUAACAUCUUUUGAAGCUUUUCCUACAUCUGCAGUGUAUCCAACUAAGGAUGAUGAAGGAAACCCUCUUGAGACAGAGUAUGGCCUAUCAAGGUAUAAGGAUCACCAGACUUUGACUGUACAAGAGAUGCCGGAGAAAGCUCCAGCUGGCCAGUUGCCAAGAAGUGUAGACAUCAUCUGUGACGAUGACCUAGUGGACAAAUGUAAACCAGGUGACAGAGUACAGGUUGUUGGCAACUACAGAUGUCUGCCGUCUAAACAAGGAAGUUUUACUGCUGGAACUUUUAGGACAAUACUCAUAGCAAACAAUGUUACCCAGAUAAACAAAGAUAUGAAUCUCAGCGUCACUAGGGAAGAUAUUAAACUGUGUAAGCGGCUAGCAAAUAGAUCUAAUUCUGAUAUAUUUGAUGUGCUCAGCAAAUCUCUAGCUCCAUCUAUACAUGGCCAUGAUUACAUCAAGAAGGCAAUAUUAUGUCUGUUACUGGGCGGUAUGGAGAAGAUAUUGCCCAAUGGCACAAGACUUAGAGGUGACAUAAAUAUACUUCUGAUUGGCGACCCCUCGGUGGCGAAAUCUCAACUGUUGCGAUACGUGCUGAUGACGGCGCCGAGAGCUAUCACCACCACCGGCCGAGGCUCCUCCGGCGUUGGUCUCACUGCAGCUGUCACUACUGACCCAGAGACCGGAGACAGAAGGCUAGAAGCCGGCGCCAUGGUGUUAGCUGACCGCGGCGUGGUGUGUAUCGACGAGUUCGACAAGAUGUCCGACAUCGACCGUACCGCCAUACACGAGGUGAUGGAGCAGGGGCGCGUCACCAUCGCCAAGGCGGGCGUGCACGCCGCACUCAACGCCCGCUGCUCCGUACUUGCUGCCGCCAAUCCGGUUUAUGGAAGGUAUGACCAGUACAAGACGCCGAUGGAGAAUAUCGGCCUACAAGACUCUCUGUUGUCUCGUUUUGACCUGCUGUUCGUGAUGCUGGACAUCGCGGACGCCGACCAUGACAACAUGAUCUCGGAGCAUGUUCUAAGGAUGCAUAGAUACAGAAAUCCUAAAGAACAAGAUGGUGAAGUGCUACCCAUGGGUUCCACGGUUGAAAUGCUGUCUACAGAAAAUCCAGAUAAUGAGGAACAGGAAACAAAUGAAUCAAUAUACGAGAAGUAUGAUCCUCUACUUCACGGGAAUACACGCAGUAAGAAAGAUCAGAUACUAAGUACAAGUUUCAUGCGGAAAUUCAUCAAUAUUGCCAAAUUCAUGAAACCCAAGUUGACUCAGGAGGCCUCGGACACCAUUGCCGAUGAAUACACAAGGCUGAGGAACCAAGAUACUAUGGACAGUGAUGUUGCUAAAACUCAACCCGUGACGGCGCGUACUCUGGAGACGCUGAUUCGGCUGUCGACGGCGCACGCCAAGUGCCGUCUCAGCUUCCAAGUGACGCGCGACGACGCGCUAGCGGCAAUAGAACUCGUGCACUUCGCUUACUUCAAGAAAGUGCUUAUAAAAGAAAAACGCCGCAAACGUCGAGCCUCCUCGGGUGAAGAAGACGGUUCAGACAAAGAGGAGGAGCAACCUCGAGCCAAGCGCACGCGCAGGACGCGAGACGCGAGUCAAGCACAGGACCCGUACGACUUUUCAUCCGACGAAGAGACAGAGCCCGUACUGCGCGCCGCGCGAGCGUCCCAACCCCCACCGGAGGCCACGCCCACUACGUCCAAGUCCAUACAGCCGCAACGGUUGUCCCAGUUUAAGUCCGCCCUGCAGCAGUUGUACCGCGACGAGCGCGCGAACAACCUGCCGUUGGACCGCGUCACGUCGCACAUCAACCAGUUGUACUCGCACGAGCCGUUCGACGCCGGCGAAAUACACGCCGCCCUGAACCGCAUGACCCAAGACAACCAGGUCAUGAUGGCCGAUGAUAUCAUUUUCCUUGUUUAAAUCACCGCCAUUAUUGUGGGCGCCAUUAACGUGAUUAACAUUUACUAUUUUUAAUGGUCGCUGUUAAGCAUUAGUGUCACAAUUUUUU